AUGUACAAAUCUAAUAGUCCAGAAGGAAAAUGGUUACAAUAUUGUUUCGGUCUUUCAUUUUUACACCCACAAGAAGUAUCAGAUUGCUUUUUAGAACUUAUGUCUGAAAUUCCAGUAGAAAAAAAAAUACAAUCAUUUGCUGAUUAUUUAGUUGACAAUUUUAUAAGCGAAGAUAGUCUAUUCCCUCCUGAAUUAUGGGCAAAAGUUCCUAUCGACUAUAGUGAAUGGGCAACUCCAAUAGUACCAAUAUUGAAACCAGAUGGCACGGUUAGAAUUUGUGGUGAUUUUAAAAUAACAAUAAAUUCGGUAUUAGAAGGGACUGAAUACUCUCUUCCAAAAAUAGAAAAUUUAUAUGCAAAUGUUAGUGGUUCAAGAUAUUUUUCGAAAAUAGACUUAAAAGACGCAUAUCAACAAAUGGUUAUUAAAGAAUCUGAUCGCAAAUAUACCACUAUUAAUACACAUAAAGGUUUAUUUAACUAUACCCGUAACCCUUUUGUAAUAAAAUCGUCGGCAGGGGAGUUCCAAAAAGCUAUGGAAACUUCCACAGCGGGUCUUGAGGGCAUUGGUAUAUUCCAAGAUGACAUUAUUGUUGCAGGUUCCACUAUCACAGAACACAACUCUCGUUUAGAAAAAUUAAUAAAUGUAUUAUCAAAUUUUGGUUUAACCCUUCAAUGCGCGAUUUUUUGA